ACUUCCCUCCAGAAGCCUUCGGGAGUGCAGUACCUCCUACAGCUGCCAGAAGCAGCUCUCUCCCACCAUGAGAACUGUCCCUCUGCACCUGACCAGGACAGUAAGCCUUGGCCUUGGCUGCCUGCUCCUGCUUUCUCUCAGCCUGGAUGCAGGCCAAGCCAAGGAGUUGAAGUUUGUGACAUUGGUGUUUCGGCAUGGAGACCGAAGUCCCAUCGAUACCUUUCCUAAUGACCCCAUUAAGGAAACCUCAUGGCCACAAGGAUUUGGCCAACUCACCCAGCGGGGCAUGGAACAGCAUUAUGAACUUGGAAGUUAUAUCAGGAGAAGAUACGGAAGAUUCUUGAACGAUUCCUAUAAACAUGAUCAGGUUUAUAUUCGGAGCACAGAUGUCGACCGGACUUUGAUGAGUGCUAUGACAAACCUUGCAGCCCUGUUUCCCCCAGAAGGGAUCAGCAUCUGGAAUCCCAGCCUGCCCUGGCAGCCCAUCCCAGUGCACACAGUGUCACUCUCUGAAGAUCGGUUGCUCUACCUGCCUUUCAGGGACUGCCCUCGUUUUCAAGAACUCAAGAGCGAGACUUUGCAAUCUGAGGAAUUCCAGAAGAGGCUUCGUCCAUAUAAAAGCUUCAUAGAAACCUUGCCAUCACUGUCAGGAUUCCCUGGCCAGGAUCUUUUUGGAAUUUGGAGUAAGGUUUACGACCCUUUAUACUGUGAGGGUGUUCACAAUUUCACCUUGCCCUCCUGGGCCACCAAGGAUGUCAUGACUAAGUUGAGAGAGUUAUCAGAAUUAUCUCUGCUAUCUCUUUAUGGAAUUCACAAGCAGAAAGAGAAAUCUAGACUCCAGGGGGGUGUCCUGGUCAAGGAAAUCCUCAAGAACAUGAAGACUGCUACUCAGCCGCACAAGUCCAGAAAAUUUGUCAUGUACUCUGCACACGACACUACUGUGAGUGGCCUGCAGAUGGCGCUAGAUGUUUAUAAUGGACUUCUACCACCCUAUGCUUCUUGCCACAUAAUGGAAUUGUACCAAGAAGAGGGGGAACACUUUGUGGAGAUGUACUAUCGGAAUGAGACCCAGCACGAGCCCUACCCACUUACGCUGCCAGGCUGCACGCACAGCUGCCCUCUGGAGAAGUUUGCAGAGCUACUGGACCCCGUGAUCCCCGAGGACUGGGCCACGGAGUGUAUGGGAACAAGCAAUCACCAAGUGUUGCUGUGAAAGAAAACCAGGUCCCAAUGUAAUCAGGAGUAAGAGUUAGGUCCAAGUUGUGGGUCUGCCAUGGGCGCCGUGAUUAGCCCAAAGAACUCUAUUGUUGAAGGACUCCCAGGUUUUGCUUGAGCGGGAUGGAAUAAGGCUGCACUGAAAAUAUCUGAAGUAAAACGAGUUUCAAACAAAGCCCACGAGUUAGUGUGCAAGCAAGAAAAAGAAGCCGCUAACCCUAGGCUAAUGUGCAAAGGACUGAUUUACCCAACAACAGCUGCGCUCAUCGGUUCCUGCCUUCUCUCAAAGGCAGGCAAAAUGAUGAGACAGGAGAAACACCUGGAGUCUUCCAGACCCCGCCUAGCAUGAUCAGAUCUUAUAUGUAUGUUAAAAACACUGGGUAGCAGAGCUGAAAAAUAAAAACCUCUUUGUGUCCAUUCACGCUCCUUUCAAAGAAACUUUCUCUCCAGAAAGCUCCAUAUAUGGUGUCCAUACAGCAGCUCCCAGAAGGCACUUUGUAGCCAAUAAAUAACCAGACAAGAGCAAGAUAAUCAGAAACAGCACCUCAGAGGUGAGAGGGCUCCACCAAGCGUCUCCCAAAACUCCAGUGCUAAGAGAUGCAGGACCUAAAGCUGAUUCAUAAGAGGAGAUAUAAGAAUACAUGCACACGCACGCACGCA